AAUUACGCUAUAAUUCUUGAAAAGAGCCAUGAAAUUAAAUUUUCUAUAUGUUUCCUUUUGAAAGUUGCUUGGUAUAUAUUCCUGACCGCACGCGUUAUUCAAGGGCCGGAUGCGCUGUAUCCGGUGAACCAAUGAAAAUAAUGUGGCGAUUAUUACUGCCUGACUGCAUUCGAUUCUCAUAGCUUUGUUCCUUAUUUUAGUAUCAGGUAUCUCUGUCACUUUAAAAAUUUCGACGUCGAGUAUGGAUAUUUUUCAAAUCAAGCUGUAGCGUAUUGCCAAUAGUAAUUGAAACCUUCUUCCUGGAAUAUCUAUUACAGCCAGCUGUACCAAAGGUCAUAGUCCAUUUUUUUAUAUUUUCCUAGUGCACAAACAAACGUUAUAACGUGAUUGGGUCACUUAAGUGGCUAAGGAUAUAACAGCGCCACAUACUUGCCUAUUUCCUAACACCGCCUCUCAUCUUUCUAAUGAUGCCUUAAGAAGAGCUGCAGACGAUUGUGCUCUAUAAAACAGUUGUAAAGUUGCAUUACUUUCCGAGUUCGUCGCCGUGCAGAACACGUGGAUCCUCUGGCGGAAGGUCAACGUUGGACGAGUCUUUCUUAAGUUUAUACCAAUGAUACCAUGAAGUUGAACGAUAAGGAGGAAGCAACAGCCUUCAAACGAUCUGUGUCUUUUGCGAAAUUGGAUAGAAGAUAAGCAUUAGCGGCAAAAUGUUAAUAAAAGAGUAUCGAAUACCGCUGCCUCUCACCGUGGAGGAAUAUAGAAUUGCUCAGCUUUAUAUGAUAGCGAAAAAAUCCCGAGAAGAAAGUCAAGGAGCAGGCAGCGGAGUAGAAAUUAUAGUAAACGAGCCUUAUAGUAAUGGUCCAGGUGGAAAUGGACAGUAUACCCACAAGAUUUAUCACGUGGGCAGUCAUCUUCCAGAAUGGUUCAAAAGUUUGCUGCCCAGAUCUGCGUUGAUUGCCAAGGAAGAAGCAUGGAACGCUUAUCCCUAUACCAAAACCCGUUACACUUGUCCUUUUGUUGAAAAGUUUUCUAUCGAAAUAGAAACGUACUAUUUUCCUGACAAUGGUUACCAAGAAAAUGUCUUCAAGCUCAGUGGUAGCGACUUAAGAAAUAGAAUUGUAGACUUAAUUGAUAUCGUGAAAGAUCAAUAUACGGGUGAUUAUGUAAAGGAGGAGGAUCCCAAAUUGUAUGUUUCCCAAAAAACUAGCCGAGGACCUCUCGUGGAUUCAUGGCUGGAGGAGUAUUGGAGUGACGUAAAAGGAAAGCAACAACCGACGCCAUCUGGGAAGUCGUUAAUGUGUGCGUAUAAGUUAUGCCGCGUCGAGUUCCGUUAUUGGGGUGUGCAAACAAAAUUAGAAAAGUUUAUACACGAUGUAGCCUUGCGGAAAACUAUGGUAAGAGCACAUAGGCAAGCCUGGGCUUGGCAAGAUGAGUGGAAUGGUUUGACCAUGGAAGACAUCCGGGAAAUUGAGCGCCAAACACAGCUGGCAUUGCAAAAGAGGAUGGCUAAUGCAGAAAGCGGUGAAGAACCCAUAGAUAAUGAUAACCAAGAGAAGGCUAUUUCUAAUGCAAGUAUGACUCCUCAAGAAUCGGACGUUGCCAUGACAUUGGCUGCAACGCUCGGAAGUAUUGAGAAAAAUGAAGAUCUCCAAAGUCCUCCAAGUGUUAGAAAAUCGACCGAUAUACCGAUGACAAAUACAGCUGUUAGUUCGGAAGGUGAAGUGAGCCCCGAGGACUCGCCGACUGAAGUACCCGAGCUUAGAAGUGCCCCCACGGAAGAGAAAGCAGAUACAAAGAAAGGAUGGAAGAAGAACAGGGCAGCGAUGAGUUCACCGUGUUCGAACAAAAGUUUCGACAUGCAGAUAGCGAAUUGGCGUAUGGAAAGUAUCGUGAGAGAAUCUGAAUCUGGUAGUGAGGAUGAAUUCUUUGAUUGUCAAGCUGGGUUCGUUAUACCUAUUAUAUGCGAAGCAGAAGAGGAGGACAAUACGUUCACUUCACCCACUAUGGCAAACAAAGAAGACGACACGAUAUUUUCACCUUCGUAUCUGCAACGAAUGGCUAGUGAACGUAGCAGUAAAAGGUUACAAAUCUCUGCUUCAGCCAGCAUAGAUGCAUCAUGUCCAGCUUCACCUCAACAUUCGCCAACGCAUCAACCGUGCAAGACUACUGUCCUUCUUAUUGUAAUGCAUGCUGGCAGUGUAUUAGACGCAAAUGUUGAUUUAACGGCUAAAAAAUCGGACAUAACAACAUUUAAAGGGGCCUUCGAAUCAGUUAUGAGACAACACUAUCCUAGUAUGGUUGGUCAUGUUGCCAUUAAGUUUGUUUCCUGCCCAUCUAUUUGCACUGAAGGACUUGGUAUUUUAUCGAGUUUAAGUCCGUAUAGUUUCGAUGUGUCACCUUCUUCUACGGACACCCCUCAAGUAACACAUGAUACUAUUCCAAUUGGUGCAAUACCUCUACUUGCUAGUUCCACUCCUGAAUAUCAGGAUGCCGUCUCUCGAGUUAUAGCUGGAGCUAAUCAAGUUUAUCAUGAUUUUAUCAAAAGCGAGGAAGGUCGUGGUUUCAUGGGACAGAUUUGUUUUAUCGGAGACUCUGUAGGAGCAAUUUUAACAUAUGACGCACUGUGUAAAUCAACUCAUUCUAGACAUAAUAGCGAAAACAAUAUUUUGGAUAAUCAGGGCAUUGAAAAUAGUAUGAACGCGGAAGAUGGCAAGCAUCUGACUGCACCUUCUCCUAGAAGGAAAUCUUCUAGUAUAAGUGAUAUUUCUCAUUGUAAAUUGGAUUUCGAAGUAGGAGAACUUUUCAUGUUUGGUAGUCCACUUGCUCUAGUAUUGGCAUAUAGAAAAAUCUCUUCAGAUAAAAGUAGUAAUAUAAGAAGACCAUUGGUGAAUCAGGUGUAUAAUUUAUUUCAUCCUACUGAUCCUGUAGCUGCUAGAUUAGAACCACUUAUUUCCGCAAGGUUCUCUCUACUUCCUCCUGUGAAUGUGGCUCGAUAUCUAAAGUAUCCACUAGGAAAUGGUCAGCCUUAUCAUUUAUUGGAAGCUCUCCAGACAAAUCCACAAUUAUUUACGGAUGGAUUAAACAUUCCAAAUAUGUCAAUGUCUCACGUGAGGAGACUAUCCGAUAUAUCGAUUCAAAGUACAAUGUCCGGUAUGGUUGAAAAUGUUCCUUUACAAAUAGUAUCUAAUUUGACGCAAAAAUGGUGGGGUAAUAAGAGAUUAGAUUAUGCUCUCUAUUGUCCAGAAGGUUUAGCAAAUUUCCCCACAAACGCUUUACCUCACCUUUUUCACGCUAGCUAUUGGGAAUCUUCUGACGUUAUCGCAUUUAUCCUACGACAAUUAGGCAGAUUUGACUCGCCAUUACUCACAAAUGAGGAGAAAGAUUUAAGUUGUUUCCGUCCAGGUCAACCUAGAGAAAAGUGGAAUAAGAAACGUACUUCCGUUAAGCUUAAAAAUGUCGCUGCCAAUCAUAGAGCAAAUGACGUAAUUGUUAGAGAAGGAGCACCGCAAGUGCUGAUUGCUAGAUUUAUGUAUAGUCCAAUUGACGUUAUCGCUUUAACGGGUGAAAAAGUGGAUAUUCAUAUUAUGAAAGAUGCUCCAGCAGGAGAAUGGACUUACUUAUCAACUGAAAUAACUGAUAAGAAUGGUAGAAUAACAUACAAAAUACCCGAUGAUAAAGCAUUGGGAUAUGGACUUUAUCCAAUCAAGAUGAUUGUGAGAGGUGAUCAUACAUCAGUAGACUUUUUCUUGGCUGUGAUUCCACCGAAAACAGAGUGCGUGGUAUUUAGUAUAGAUGGAUCAUUUACAGCGAGUAUGUCUGUAAGCGGAAAGGAUCCAAAAGUUAGAGCUGGAGCUGUCGACAUUGUCAGGCACUGGCAAGAAUUGGGAUACUUAAUCAUUUAUAUUACCGCAAGACCUGAUAUGCAACAGCAGAAAGUUGUUUCCUGGCUGUCUCAACACAAUUUUCCCCAUGGCCUUGUGUCUUUUGCGGACGGUCUCUCGACAGAUCCACUUGCUCAUAAAGCUGCGUACUUAAAUAAACUUGUAGAGGAACACGGUGUAAUAAUUCAUCAUGCAUAUGGCAGUAGUAAAGAUAUUAGUGUUUACACUACGAUUAAUCUUAAGCCAAAUCAAAUUUUCAUUAUUGGAAAAGUGCCAAAGAAGCACCACCCUUUGGCAACAAUCCUUCAUGAUGGCUAUGCUGCUCAUUUAAGUAUGCUACAGGCGCGCGGAGGCUCGAGACCAGCUCAGGGUAAUGCACGUAUGGUGAUCCCAAGAGGUCAGUUCGGUUUACCCGGACAAAACGCUUCUCUACGGCGAAGAAGCUCUUUUAGGCUGGCAAAGCGUGCAAUAUCUCAACCUACUCCGGGCAAAACGAUCUACCCACUGGAACGAUCAACGAGCGUUGGGCCUUCAAUUUCGUCGCAUACCGCAUCCACCAUCAGAUCUACGGCACCAGAGAAGCUUUGACGAUUCGCACGCUGCCGGUCGUUCUUUGAGCCUCGGAACUAGCUGUACAGAUACCCUUAAAGUACGAGGAUAGUUCGGAGAGGAAGUCCUCGUAUAUUUCGACCGACACGUGCUCAACAAUCUAAAGAAGAUAAUUCUACUUUGUUACUCCGCCUUUUUAUAUCCUCUCUGUAUACCUAUUGUAAAUUUUAAAACGCUAUUCGGUAUGACGAAUCUAUGUUGUAUAAAACGCGAUAAGCUGUAUAUGCUUCCCCAUCUGAAGGAUCUUUCUAAUGACGAAGAAAUGGUUUGAACGUACGAGGACUUUGUCUUUCAUCUCUUUUAACUGUUACUGAAUCAGCCAGUAUUUUAAACGAUAAGAUUGAUUUGUUUUUUACCGUUUUAUUACCAGAGCUUUUUUCUAGCGAUCUUUCCGGGUAAACUGACACAGCAUCUUUUGCGAAGCGCGAUCGAGCACGAUCAAAAUUUUUGAUAAUGUAGUUCGAGAUAUGAAUCUAGUUCCUAAAUGUAGAUCGUCAGGAAAGUGGUCUCCUAGAAAAAAAGCGCUGUCUUUCUUAGUAUCGUUUAUCAUUGUUUAAUUUUAAUCGGUUUCACGAACGAAUUCGGAUCGAAUUUCCGAUAUGCAUCUGCGAACUGUGUGUAUGUACAAUCAUAUUUUACCUAGUUGAACCGUAUCGUUGCUCUAAUCGUAGUUCGUAAGAUAUAAGAAAAGAAAAAAAGAUAAAAGGGGAUAGAUCAGAUUGAUUGAAAUUGUUACCUGAAUCUUCUUCGUUAUUGCCGAGGUAAAUCUGAUAUUAAUCAUGACAUUAAUCGUUAGGAGUAAUUAGUCUGUAAACAUCCUGUUAUUAUAGUAACUCUAAUCAUUGCCAAGAGUUAUCAAAUAUAAUUAUAUACGCGUAAUGUUGUGCCCAAGUUCCUUCGGUGCUAUGUUAUUUUCAACUAUUCAUAUCGAUUUGUAAGAAGAGACGGGAAGAAAAUGCAAUUGAUGCGAAAUAAAAAAAACAAAACAGAAAAAUAAGAGAAAACACAAGAAUUACAACACACGUUUUGUACGUUGUCUAUCGAGAAGUAUCGAGAGUACGAUAGUAUGUUCUCCGAUAAACGUUGGUACAAAGACACUUCCCUCUUAAUUGCUGUAGUUCCAUGUCGUUCUAGCCAGCGAUAUAUGUAAAUAUGUCAAAGUGUACAUAAAUAAAUAUCGCUGUAAAAUGUUCAUGGAUGAAAUGUUUAGGAUACGCAAAUAUUGAUUUACUAAAUAGUUGCUCUGCGAACUUCGUCAGCGAAAGUACUGUCCAAAUGAUAAUAAAAGUAUGAUAGUUUCUUCGACACGUAUGACAUAGCUCGAUGACGAAGCACGUUGGUGUUUAUUAUCGAAUACGUUCUCAAAGAUUGUGCGCUUAAAUAUUUGUAAUUAGGUGAUUAAUUAUUGUGUCCGGUCUCAGUCGGGGAAAUAUAUUUAAUUUUUUAAUCGGUAACGAAUCGAAUUAUCGCGUCGCUUGACAUGCCGUGACAAUUGACUAGCACGAUAGUUACUUAGCGUUAGAAGAAAAGUCAAAGAAUCGAUCUUGAACUGUACGAGCAGCGAUGUCUUAAGUAAGAUGCAGACAGAAAGUGAUACAAUUUUUCGUCGAAUCUUGUAUCAUGAUAAACGACGAAUCAUUCUUUUUUUUCUUUAUUUUCCUAGAACGGAUGGUUUGAUACCAUAGAAGGAGUUAGAUUAAUAGAGGGAUAAUUAAUUAAACUCAUUGUUAUGCCAUCAUUGUUCCUUGACUGUUUCAAUAAUACUAGUAGCUGGUCAAACAUCUGCCAUUGAUCUAGUCUUGACAUUGUAAUAAACAGAAUCUACGUAUAAUAUUUAGCGCUGGCUUCACCGAAAUGUGAAGAAAAUUGAUUAAUAUCCAACAGAGAUAUUGACUGUUUGUAUUAUUGUAAAGAGGCACGAAUAUAGUUGUGUAUAUGGACAUACCAUAUAGGUAUAGAAUUGUACAUCUAUAACAGCGUGGCCGUGUAUAUGUAUACAUAUG